AUGGAGACCAUGGCUGCGCUCGCGAGGACGGCGCCGCCCCUUGCCGGGUCCAGUCGCCGGCCCUCCUGCGCGCUGCGGCCGACGGCGUCCCUCUCCUUCGGCGCCGCUUCCACGACGCCCCGCGGCCGGCUCGGGCUGGGGCUGAGCACCGCGUCGGCAGGGAGCGGGAGGGCGGCCAGGGCUCGCGCCGUCCCGCGGCGCAAAAUCGUCGCCUCCUCGGUUGGUGCCCCUGCAUACUUGGAGGUUGAGCAAAGCUACAUUAUUAUCAAACCAGAUGGUGUUCAGCGUGGUCUGGUUGGAGAGAUUAUUUCUCGCUUUGAGAAGAAAGGGUUUUUGUUGAAAGGAUUAAAACUUUUCCAGUGCCCCAAGGACUUGGCUCAGGAGCAUUACAAGGAUUUGAAGGAUAGACCUUUCUUUCCUAAGCUGAUAGAUUACAUAACUUCUGGCCCUGUUGUCUACAUGGCCUGGGAGGGUGAUGGUGUUGUUGCAUCGGCUCGCAAAUUAAUAGGAGCUACUAACCCCCUUCAAGCUGAACCAGGGACUAUAAGGGGUGAUCUUGCAGUUCAAACUGGAAGGAAUGGUGUCCAUGGAAGUGAUAGUCCUGAUAAUGGCAAGCGUGAAAUUGCUCUGUGGUUCAAAGACGGCAAGCUCUGCCAAUGGGAAUCUGUUCAAACACCGUGGCUUAUAGAGUAG